GUGUAUGCACCCCCUAUUAGCUACCCGACCGCUGGCACCACUUGGCAGGUUGGAGGAUCGUACAAUAUUACCUGGGACGCCUCGAACCCGCCGAAGCAGAUAACCAACCCUAUUGGUCACAUCGACCUCCUAAAGAACAAUGUAAUAAUCACUGGUGCUCCCCUUGCCAAUGGUUUCUCCAUUCUGGAUGGGACGCACGAGAUUACGGUUCCCUUGACUGUUGAGCCUGGUUCCGGUUAUACCGUCGUCUUAUUCGGCGACUCUGGAGACAUUAGCCCCGAGUUCACUAUC